AUGGGAAGUAACAGCACAAACAGUGUAAGAACAAAGUGCACUGAUCUUCAAGUGUCAUUUCAGUACUCUCUCUAUGCAACCACUUACAUCCUCAUAUUCAUCCCUGGUCUUCUGGCCAACAGUGUAGCCUUGUGGGUUCUGUGCCGCUUCAUCAGCAAGAAAAAUAAAGCCAUCAUUUUCAUGAUCAACCUCUCUGUGGCUGACCUUGCUCACGUGCUGUCCUUACCCCUCCGGAUUUACUAUUACAUCAGCCACCACUGGCCCUUCCAGAAGGCCCUUUGCCUGCUGUGCUUCUACCUGAAGUAUCUCAACAUGUAUGCCAGCAUUUAUUUCCUGACGUGCAUCAGCCUUCAGAGAUGUUACUUUCUCCUCAAGCCCUUUAGGGCCAGAAACUGGAAGCGUAGGUAUGAUGUGGGCAUCAGUGCUGCCAUCUGGAUCAUUGUGGGGACUGCCUGUUUGCCACUUCCAAUUCUGAGAAGUUCUGGCUUAACCAACAACACUGAAUCCUGCUUUGCCGAUUUAGGAUUUCAACACAUUAGCAUGGCUUCCUCCAUUGGCAUGAUAACUGUAGCUGAACUUGGAGGGUUUUUUUUACCUGUUGUAAUUAUUACUUAUUGCACAUGGAAAACAAGAAAAUCUUUACAAGAAUUCCAAGUUCCCCCUCAGAAUACCAAAGAGAGAAAAAAGGCUUUGUGGAUGGUCCUGAUGUGUGCAGUGGUGUUCAUUGUGUGUUUCACUCCUUACCACUUCAACUUCCCAUUCUUUAUGAUGGUGAAACAACAUGUCUUUUCAAACUGUUCCUUUAUUAAGAGCACCGUAUGUUUUCACAUCAUUUCUCUAUGUCUUGCAAAUCUGAAUUGCUGUCUUGAUCCCAUUGUAUAUUAUUUUAUGACCUCAGAAUUCCGUGAUAGGUUUUUGGAACACAGUGGUUUGGCUCUUCAGUCAUGUGUGAGAUGCAAAGACAGUGCUUUAGAAAUUCAUCACAGGAAGGAGGAUCUUCAAACUAUCUCCCUUGAAAUUUUGAAUGAUUCCAAGACAUUGUAAUCAAAUUACUAGCUAGAAUAAU